CGGCGCCCGUGACGGCCAAAGCCAGCUGCUCGCCCCUGGCCAUCCUCCCAUCCGUCCUGCAAUCCAUCCAGGAGCUGACUCUGCGAGUUCGCUCCAGGCGCCGCGCGCGCGCCCAUGGUCCUGCUCACCACCGCGUCCCUCAAGGGCUCCUUCCGUACCGCCAGCAGCACUCGCUCCUCCGCUACCUAUGUCCCGACGGAAAAGUCGGUUCGCGCCCCCCGUGCACCGCCCUCCGAUCCUACGGCCCUGCGAUGGUUCUGCAUAAUCCUCCACGGCCUCCUCGUCCUCGCCUUCGUCACCCUCCUUGGCUUGGUAUUAAGGGGACACGACAAUCUAUAUGCAGCCGACGUUGCAGCAGGGCAAUACAUAUCCAAGACACCCACCAUUGCCGCUACCCUCAUCGCCACGGCCUACCUGAUAGGCUUGAUCUACCUCACCCAGCAGCUCGCCCUGCGCGACAACUUUUUGCGCUCGAAGAAUCUUACACAAAUUCACGACCGGGCCGCGGCAUGGUACGGUCUCGGCGCCGCGCUGCACGGUCUCACCCAUCAAGCCCGCGCGCGGAACGCGCUGCAUUCGGCCCUCGCCAUCGCCGCAUAUCUCCUAUGCCUUGCUAUCGUGCAGGUCGUCACGCCGCUGCUUUUCGACACGGAGAUCGUAUGGGACCCAGCAAGGUUGAAGGAGGUACCCUCGCGGCUGGUGAUGCCCAAUACAGACGCGUUCCAGCUGGAUGGCGAAAAUUCGCCAUGGGCAUCGACGAUGGCUAUGCUGCCUUAUCUUUCCUCGUUCGGUUCGCUUGGGAUCAUCAACUCAACCGUGUAUGCCGUACUCGACGAUAACAAUGGUAUCGGCAUGGCCGCCCUGCCAGCAAUGACGUUCAACGUCACUUGCGGCACUAUGAGCGUCAAAUCCGUCAUUCAUGGCACGGUGGACGACGAUGGGGUGUACGAGGUAGCCGCCUAUGGUGACGGCUACAAUGCGACGUUCGAAGUCAUGUCAACUUGUACGUCCCUAUCCCAAGAUUGCAGCGCGUCCCUUACCGGGUCUUGCAGAUGAUAACGUACUGAAGAACGCGGAGGUCACACUCGAGGACCCCGUGCUGCACACCGAAGCAACCCUUGGCCCCGAUGCUGUUUUCUACUCUAGUUUCAACGUCACUGGCCUUGAUGGGACCGACCUCGGAACUUCGAUAGGCGGCAAUAGCGCCGCAUUGAAGCACGACGAUCAGACUGAGGCGUACUGGGGACCGCCGAUACAGCUCAUUGGCUGCAGUCUGAGCGUUCGCAAUCACACCGUUAUCGUCGAACCCCAAUCUAAGCUGCC